UGUGCCGCGGCAAGAGCUGGUACUGCCGCUCCGUUUCUUUUCCCACUAUUGAACAUCAAAACCUCAUUUCGUUAAACUAAGUACUCUCGGAGGCCACGCCUGUCUGAACGGAAGAUGCGAUUCAAUUAGAAACAAUUGCAUUUUCAACAAGACCAAACUUGCAACUCCACUGGAUUUCUCGCGCAGAUUCCCGAAUAAAAUAUGCCAUGUAUUAGAAGAGGAAAAAUAGAGAAAGAAGUAUGUUCCCGGGGCGGGAAACUGCCCCCGCCGCUUUGCAAGAGGGGACGCCCUGGGUUGGGUUUCUAUACGUGGGUUGGAAGAACGGGCCCCCUCUUCGCCGCGAGCCAGUCGCUUGGGGGUUGGGUUUCUAUACCGACGAUGACCUCCUGCUUCGUGGCCCUUCUCCUUGCAGGUUCACAACUGCGGCUUGCAGGGGCAAUUCAUCAACGGUGUGGCGACUUGAGCGCGACGGUCCGGAAUUCCUACGAAAGCGUGCACUGCGCCGGGUUCACAUCGUGCAGCGGUUUCGGUUCCAUGUCGGCGUCGACGUUCACGUACCAGCUGGCGACUGUUACCAAGCUGUCGGGUAAUCAAGGGUGGACCAUCUCGCGUGGGGCCGCAGUUUACUAUCCUACAAUUCCGGAAGAAGAAACAUUUAUGCCGUCGUGUAAAAGCAUACCCACGACCAUGACCGCGGCGUAGUCACCAAGAUGAUUUUCAUCAUACAGUUAUUUGCUAGGCAGCUGGUCCUCGAAAGGUUUUUUUCGAAACCAGUAUGAGAAAGUUGGAGACGCAGUGUGCCAUCGUCCUUGGCUGUGAAAGCUGCGUCAGCCCGAAUCAAAGCACUUAGUCUGAUUUAAGUAUGUAAAAAACAUGGAAAUAUUGAAUUAUUUGCCAGAUGACAGAAGCCUGCCACGGCCACGGGAAGCCGUAUAAAUAUAGAAAAAGAUGAUGAGUAGAUGCAUGCCAUAUGCUGGACAACCUGGGAGACAGCAUGUGGGUACGUUUUUACACAGGAUCGCGAUUUGUUUUUUUGAACAAGGCACUGUGGAAAUUGAGUUUAUUGAAGAUGUGCGUCGAGGAGCUAACGAAUUUCUUCGCUUGUUCACUAACAGCUCAUCAUCUUCGUACGUUGACCUGGCUCAGUAUAAUGGUGACCAGUACUGCGCUUUCAAGUUCGGUGUAAAAUGCGACGGAUUGCAAAGUGAUUGCAAACUGCCCGAUCGUGCGCCGCGCCUGCAUUGGCGUGAGUCGGCCUCUACCCUACAGGGCAGGUGGAAGAUUCACUUCUAUCCUGGUUCUGUUGUUCCACCGACGCCAUCGAGGGCCGAACUGGCUUGUUCUCUGAGCACCACAACUACGACCACGACCACCACCGCCGCCACGACUGCGACCACUACCACCGCUAUGAUCACAGUUACGAGGACCACGACUACGACGACCAUGGUGUUGGUGACAGAUAAUCCCACACCACGUCCGGUUUGCGUGGGUGUAUCCUGCCCACUUGUGAUCAUCAGGCCCCAGUAUACCGGGGGCAAUGGUUGGUUUUUGGAGCGCGGCAACUCCGGGGCAAACGAAGCGGCUAUGCAUUGCAAAUAUCGAAGAUCUAGGUCUGGAAGAGUGCAACUUGUCAUGCUGUGAUGUCUUGGGAUUCUAACAAAAUCUGUAUUUUUGCAUGAUGACCAGCGAGUACUAGAUGAGUCCAGCUUGUUGUACUAGAUGAGUCCAGCUUGUUGAGGGCAUUGAUUGUUUCAUCUCCUAUGCGAAACAAUAGGCAUAAUUAGAAAGCCCUGUAAUUGUAAAAUAAAUCUGUGAAGAAGAUGCUACGCCAUGAACUACAGGCAUCACGGGUGGUCGUCAUGCAAAACAUGCAUGAAAACAAGCCUGGCGAUCUUCCACACCCAGACAUUUUUGCAGUUGAUAGCAGCUACCAUUUAUCUAACUGGCGGUGACCCUGCUUUUGAGCUGGUAUUGUCCAAAGUGGAUCUUGAGCCACCUAACGACACGUUGAUCCUGCGAUUCGGUGAACCUGAACCUGUGUCGUGGGAUCUUCGUUCUUUAGUCCUCUCUGAGGGCCAAGGUCUCGUCUGGCCUCUGUCUGGCGCCUCUCCGCGCCUGGAGUGGUCUACCGGCGCCGAGACCCAUAUCAUAUGUAAAAACGUUCCCAUGCCGCAUAGUCAAGUUGGGAAAGCUGCAACACAAAUCAGCAGGCUUUGGCCGUUCCUGUGCGCAUGGGGCUCCGCAUGA